CUGAUCUAUAAAGCCCAACAUGGCAGCGGGACAACUAGGCAGUGAACAUCCCUCAAACUACCUUUCCUGAUAUUCGGAUUCCUGAAAUUCAUCGCAUAAAGCCGAAGCAACCAUGUCGCUCAGCCAGUCAAUCAGAGUCAACAAGCCUCCAACGCUUAUCUCAAGAACACUCUCUGGACUGUCUCACGUUGCCAGUGAGCCCAUUGUUACUGGCGGGCUGUUGUACUUGUUAACGCAGGGCCCUGCAAAGCUUCGCGGACAAAUCCUCGCGCCUUUCCAAACCAGUCUGCCCAUCUUUACGAAUGAUCCAAAGGGUGUUGCAAAGCUUGCGGCUCUGGUCACCGCACUGAAGGUGCUCACCACAGCGGGCGUUCUGCGUCGCCUCCACGAGGCCAUAAACCGUCUGGCGUGGAACAAUUGGACGUUCGGCAGAGCAGGGACCGAGUGGCAAUUCGGGCCCGACAAGAAAGAAACCAUACUUAUCACAGGCGCAAGCAGCGGGUUUGGAUACUUGAUGGCCAAGGAACUGUCUAAGCACGCACGCAUCAUCGCGUUGAACAGAUCGCCACUGCCCGCGGAUCUUGCGGCGCUUAAGGAUGUGCACUACUACAAAUGCGAUGUCGGCGAUAUAUCAGCACUGGAGGCUGUGUGCGAUCAAGUUAAGCAAGAUUUCGGGACGAUCAGCGUACUGAUUAAUAACGCUGGCUAUGGAAUUGGCAAGACGAUACUCGAGACAACCAAUGCUGAGGAUGAGAUGUUGCUUCGAGUGAAUCUCCUAUCGAACAUGGUCUUAAUCCGCGCUUUCGUUCCGGGUAUGCUCGCGCAGAGAAAGGGUCACGUGGUUUCUGUAGCCUCCAUGGGAUCUUUUGUUGUACCUCCCCUUAUGGUAAACUACUGCAUAACCAAGAUUGGCCAGCUGUACCUCACCGAGGGUCUUCGGGCGGAGUGCCUCACGCGCUAUCCUGGUGGUUCGUCUAUCUGCACGACCUCGAUCCACCCGGGCUGGCACGAGACAGGGAUUGACAAGGACGGCAUCCUCGAAGAGUUUGGCAUUGUGAAUGAUCCGCCGCAACCAGUCAUCGAUGCUGUAUUAGACCAGGUCCUGAAGGGCAAGAGUGGCAUGAUAUGCAUACCCAAGCAUCAUACUUCCGACUCCCUGUUAAGGUUCUUGCCAAGGUGGGUGCAGGAUCUAAAGUUCGGGCUUGUUAGUACAAAACUAUAGAGACAUUUACAAAAUUAUAGAGAAACUAUCCUUCCAGAUACUCUUGAGUAGGCCAAUCUGCUUCACUUCUUGGAAAGUUUCUCUCUCGCCGGGUACAUAUACUGGGGUUGAGCGACUUUUGCGUAUCGAGCCUUUCAAGCGCGACAGUGGCUAUUUAAACAGUGCUUCCGCCACCGUCGCGCCACCGACACGGUUCCUCGGUCGAGAUCGGAAGCUGGGUACAUGGACGAUGAGGAAACCUUCCCAGGCGACGAAUCUUACGUGAAGAGGAUGGUACUACAAUAUUGAGGGUUCCUCGAUGUGAAACUUGCUGCGUGUGGGACAUUCAGGGCUG